AUGGCCACCACACAUACCAUACAGGACCGAACGGCCGAGUUCCGCUCCAUCCUCCUCCAAGCCCAGAAGACACUCGCGCGGCAACGAAGACCCGGCGCGCCAGCAUCGCAACCUUUACUACCGUCCGCAUCGCAGAAUGGCACCGCGACACCGCCUACGCGCAAACAGCGCAGCGAGUUCGCGCGCAACGCCGCGGCCAUUGGGCGAGGGAUCAGCGCUACCAUGGGCAAGUUGCAGCGGCUCGGCGAACUGGCGAAGCGGAAGACGCUCUUCGACGACCGGCCUGUGGAGAUCGCGGAGCUUACCUAUGUCAUCAAGCAAGACCUUGCCGGCUUGAACCAACAGAUCGGACAACUACAGCAACUACAGCGCGCCUCAGGCACGGCCACAGCGAAGGAGGAAGGCGAGCACAACAAGAACGUCGUUGUAUUACUGCAAGGCAAACUAGCAGAUGUGAGCGUCAACUUCAAGGAAGUCCUCGAAGUGCGAACCCGCAACAUCCAAGCCAGCCGCUCACGACAAGACAACUUCGUCUCGGCGGUAGGCGCGCACCAGCAACCACAGCAACAAAGCCGCACGGAUAGUCCACUCUACAGCACACCCUCGUCAGCACGCGCACGAAGUCCUAAGCCACCCGGGACCGGUCAAGGCCAGCAGGACGUGCUAUCAUUGGACAACCCCUCCGGCAACCCUCUCUACGCCGGGCAAAACACUCCCCAAUCGCAACAACAACUGCAACUCCUCGAAGAAGGCAGCUCCACAAACACCUACAUCCAACAACGCGGCGAAGCGAUCGAAGCCAUCGAACGCACCAUCUCCGAACUCGGCGGCAUCUUCGGCCAACUCGCGCAGAUGGUGUCGGAGCAGGCGGAGCAGAUCCAACGCAUCGACGCGAAUACCGACGAUGUGGUGGACAAUGUGGAGGGGGCGCAGAGGGAGCUGAUGAAGUAUUGGAGUCGGGUGCAGGGGAACCGGUGGUUGGUGGCGAAGAUGUUUGGGGUGUUGAUGAUUUUCUUCUUGCUUUGGGUGCUGAUUGCGGGAUGA